AGUGACGUCAUUCACUUGCGACUCCUGUGAGCUGUAGCGUGUUAGCGCGGCUGCUAACUCAGUUUAACUCGAUUUACUUUAACUCUCUGUGUUUAAGCGCUUUAUUUUUAUCAGGAACUCUUGACCACACACCGGGAGGGUCAGCAUGAGUCUGUGUAUGCCUCAGAAGAAGUUUUAUCGGCAGAGAGCUCACUCUAAUCCCAUGGCUGACCACACGUUCGAGUAUCCUGUGUGUCCAGAGCAGAUGGACUGGUCUCAGCUCUAUCCUGAGUAUUUUAGCUCAGACGGAGAGCAGAUGGAGACGGAGGGCCGGAGCGCUCAGGUGGAGUUCGCUGAUAUCGGGUGUGGAUACGGAGGACUGCUGGUGGAGUUAUCACCGCUGUUCCCUGACCGCCUCAUCCUGGGUCUGGAGAUUCGGGUUAAAGUCUCGGAUUACGUCCAAGACAGAAUCCGAUCGCUCCGAGCCUCAGAACCCGGAAAAUACCAGAACAUCGCAUGUCUGCGCAGCAACGCCAUGAAAUAUCUCCCCAACUUCUUCACUAAAGGACAACUCAGUAAGAUGUUCUUCCUGUUUCCGGAUCCACAUUUCAAAAAAACCAAGCACAAAUGGCGGAUCAUCAGUCCAACAUUACUAGCUGAGUACGCAUACACACUCCGUGUCAGGGGUUUAGUUUACACCAUGACAGACGUAGAGGAAGUGCACGUGUGGAUGGUGAAACACUUUACAGAGCAUCCGCUAUUCUGCCGAGUGUCUGAGGAAGAGCUGAAGGAUGAUGUCAUUGUGGGUCGUUUGGGAACUUGUACAGAAGAAGGGAAGAAGGUGCAGAGAAACGGAGGGAAGAACUUCCUCGCUGUUUUCCGCAGAGUCGAAGAUCUGAGCUGAGAUGCUUUCCUCUGAAACCCACACUGACCACAUGACCCCUAAAACCCCAGAGUGACCACAUGACCCCCAAAACCCCACACUGACCACAUGACCUCCAAAACCCCACACUGACCACAUGACCUCCAAAACCCCACACUGACCACAUGACCCCUAAAACCCCACACUGACCACAUGACCCCUAAAACCCCACACUGACCACAUGACCCCCAAAACCCCACACUGACCACAUGACCUCCAAAACCCCACACUGACCACAUGACCCCCAAAACCCCAGUGACCACAUGACCCCCAAAACCCCAGUGACCACAUGACCUCCAAAACCCCACACUGACCACAUGACCCCCAAAACCCCACACUGACCACAUGACCCCUAAAACCCCAGUGACCACAUGACCCCCAAAACCCCAGAGUGACCACAUGACCCCCAAAACCCCAGAGUGACCACAUGACCCCCAAAACCCCAGUGACCACAUGACCCCCAAAACCCCACACUGACCACAUGACCUCCAAAACCCCACACUGACCACAUGACCUCCAAAACCCCACACUGACCACAUGACCCCCAAAACCCCACACUGACCACAUGACCCCCAAAACCCCAGAGUGACCACAUGACCCCCAAAACCCCAGAGUGACCACAUGACCCCCAAAACCCCACACUGACCACAUGACCCCCAAAACCCCACACUGACCACAUGACCCCCAAAACCCCACACUGACCACAUGACCCCCAAAACCCCAGAGUGACCACAUGACCCCCAAAACCCCACACUGACCACAUGACCCCCAAAACCCCACACUGACCACAUGACCCCCAAAACCCCACACUGACCACAUGACCCCCAAAACCCCACACUGACCACAUGACCUCCUAAGCUACAAACAUGCCAGUUAGCUGUGGUUGUGUUGAGAAGAUCUGAGGAGAUGAUCUGUGAUGUUUCCUCUUCUCCAGAACCAGAACCAGAACCGGUCUCACUUCACACUCUGAUUAGUUUUUUCUGGAUAUUCAAUUUAAUUUAGCUUCAGUUUUCAUUCACAAUCAUUUAUGUUUUAAUAAUAAUAAUUUAAAAAAAAGCUCUUUUUCACAUUGUCUAUUUUCUAAAUAUUUAUUAUCAACUUAUUUUAUAUUGUAAACUGAAAACCGGAUCAGAACUCAGACUGACCCACUGACUCUCUUCCCUUCACUCCUCUGCUGUUUUUCUUUUUUCUGAAUUAGCAGUUCCCCCCUCUUACUGUCUCUCUCUCUCACCUGCCACCCCACCCCCCCCCCUUCUGAAGCCUGUCCAGUCUCCUGUGUCCAUUUCUCUGACCUUUUCCUCUUUCACACACAAACCUGAGCAGAUUUUCUGAAGUCUAUCUGUCUGUUCUGUGAAAUCUGCUUUAAUAAAGAGACUGAUGUGAUCUGUAA